AUAACAACAUCGUGAAUUUGUAAGGCGAUACAUUUUUAUCAUCGCACAUCUUCGGUGCAAUUAACUUCUUCUGUCUCUUACAAGAUGGCGGGAAGAAAACAAAAACAUUGUAGAAAGCGUUACACGAAUUUUACGAUCAGUUGUCAAACUGGGCGUGUUUAUACCCACAAAAUUUGGCAGCGGUCUUCGGUUGACGUGAGCAAUAUAGAGUUUUAAUUCUUAAAUUUGGGUGUAGCCAAUAUAAUUGUCGGAAGUAAUAAACUGACUGUUAUAAUAUGGCGUAUACGAGUAUCAUUCUUCACCAUGAAUCGCUUUUUCGGCAACUGGGAAUAAACCAAUUUAAUAUGCGAAUAUUGUUACCAAGAAUUAAGUUGCACUGCUUUAUAUAUGUUCAUAAAAUAAUGAUUCAAGAAAUAUGAAUGUCCCACAGUAUGUAGGUGGAACGCAGCAGUCUUACCAUCAUGAGGAAGUUGCUCCCGUCCAGCAACAACAGCAACAGCAACAAUAUGUUGCAAGCAACAGUGGUGAAAGCGUGGUUGUUAUGGGCAGCGGCAGUGUGCAUUACCAUUGCACAGGUGCGAAUUCUCAGUCUACUCAAUUUAACACUCCUCUAGAUGCAAAGUCACAACCAAAUGACACAAGGACAGCAAAUCAACAGGAGAACUCUUGUGUGCACACAUAUUCUGGAGGUACAUCACAGAGGAACAGUGAAGUUCGACAGCCCUAUAACAUGCAUAGCCUCAUGCCUCAGAAAGUCGAUGCUUCAACCAUGACAGAAAAGGAAACCCACACCAGUGAUGGGUUCUUUGGUAGCAGUGUGCCUCAGCUGGAUUGCAAACCUUCAUAUUCCAUUGCAGCAAUGAUCCAAUCACCUGCCACUUGGCAAAGUUUAGCUGGUCCACCAGGAUCCACUGUUGCUGAGUACCUGUCUCAGUUGUCUGCCUCAACUCUUCCUCUAACACUCCAUCAUUUCCUCAAGUUCUCAACAACAGCAACUACUGAGCUGUCUGCCAUUCCAAUGCCUACUUCAGGUUCAGGGAUAAAACGUGAAGAAGAUGGCAUAUUGUUGACAAAAAAGAAGAAAAAGAGAAAAUAUAAAAAGAAGCCAUACAUUCCACGUCCGCCACGGCCCAGGCCAGGUGAGGUCCGUCUUACAACAGCAUUGGAUGGCUCAACACUAUACUGUUGUCCUGAAUGCCAUAUGGCAUACCCAGAGAGAGAGCUAUUAGAGCAACAUUUGGUAGUUCAUCGUCUGGAGCGUCGUUUUGUGUGCAACAUCUGUGGAGCAGGCCUGAAACGCAAAGAACAUCUUGACAGGCACAAACAGGGUCAUAACUCAGAGCGCCCAUAUACCUGCUCUGUCUGCUUCAAGGCAUUUAAGCGCAAUGAACACCUAUCACGCCACUUUGUGAUCCAUUCAGGUGACAAAACACAGGUCUGCACAGAGUGUGGGAAAGGUUUCUACCGUAAAGAUCACCUACGCAAACAUGCCCAAAGUCACAUUGCAAAACGUCUGCGUGCAGAGCUUAUGGGUCAGAAAGCAACACAAAAUGGAGUAGGUAGCAAUCAACAAGGCAUAGGGCCACUGGGAUCUCUGGCUUCUCCCUCUGGUAUAACAGGUGUUACACUCAUGCCUGGAGGUGUUACCCUUCCUAUCUUAUCGUCUUGAACACAGCAGUGAUCAUGAAGCUUCUCCAUAUUGGUGACUACUCUGUUAGAAAGUGUAUUGCAAAGUUAAGCAAUCCCAUAAAAGUGAAUUGAUUAAUACAUACUGAAACAUUCGGAAUGUAGCAUGGAGGUAGGUAUUUUUCCCUUGUAAUGUAUAUUUCAGAUUAUCUUUAAUACUUGUAAAAAUUUCAAUUCCUCUAACAUCUGCUGUAAUAUUGAAUAUGUAAAUUCAUUAUAUUUAAGCAGUCAAGGCCCAUUGUCACUUGUAUGUACAGAUAUGUACUAAUUUAAUCUGGUUAGUUAUUGAAUAUAAAGAAUUUAGUGUCAGUCAGUCAGUUUGCAAAGGAACCAUGCCUAUUAAUUUCAAUGAUGACGGUAGUUUGUUCAAGAAAAUAUAAUACUCAAGCUGGAAGGUCGCGGGUUCAAAUCCUGAUGAGGUCAUUGGAUUUUUUUCAGUU